AUGGCGAUGAAUAAUCUUCAUCAAUGCUCUGGAUGGACACAAUGGGCUGAAUGUGGCGUAAAAAUUUCAAAUCAUUUUGGAAUUCGAAAUCGAAGUAGAGAGUGUAUUCGUGAAACAAGUGAAAAUGGCAAAAUAUCAGAGGUGGAGACAGACCUCGGCUUAUGUGAGGGUGUUACAAACAAAACGAUGUGUCCGAAUACCUACAAUUUGACUACCAAUGGAUUUUGUAUAAAGCUACAAGUAACACGAAAACAUCACGAUGAUGCAGAAGCUGAAUGCAAUGAAGACGGAGGACAUUUGAUUAACAUCAACUCAGACCUGAAGUAUUCAGAUGUUAAGACCAUAUUGAGCGGCUUUUCUGUAAUUGAUAUUAACAUUGGAGGCCAUCGAAAAAGUUCUACGUCACCUUGGGAAUAUAAAUAUGGAACAAAUAGCGGAUACUUUAAAUGGUUUUCCGGCUAUCCAAGAUCAGAGAGUUCAAGAUUGUGCCUUGCAUUAGAAAACCUCAAAUGGUUUAACUUAUCCUGUAGAAGUAAAUAUCCAUUUCUGUGUGAAAUACCAUAG